AUGGGGCAGUCAAUUAGUGAAUAGUUCAAAAUUGGCAACCAUUGUAAAGUGUGGUUCUGCCCAUUGUUGUUGUGAAGAGGCGAGGCCACCUCUGACACAGCCCCACAGUUCAGUGACUUUCUGGGUUGCUGCUGCUGCCAUUGUUAAACAAUAUUUCAAGCUCCGAAAUCCCUAAACUAAUCAAGAAAACAAAAAAGAAAAGCGGUUGAUUCUUGACCUUUUUCCACGACAUUCUUGGAAGCUUACUAGUUUUGGAGACCAACUUGAUUCUUGACCUUUUCUUCACUGACGGCUACAACCCCAAACCCAACAUUUUUAUAUAUACUCCAAUCUUUUUCAUUCUUGGUAAAAACAGAGAAAACCCCCACUUUUUUUUUAUCUUAAAGAAAAACCAAACAGUUUUGAUAAAGAUGAAAUUUGGGAAAGAAUUUACAUCCCAAAUGGUACCUGAAUGGCAAGAAGCCUAUAUGGAUUAUAAUUAUCUAAAAGGUGUGUUGAAAGAGAUAUCUUGUUUCAAGAAGAAAAAUGCACCAUUACCUGAAGUUGCAUCCACACCAAACGGCUCAUUAAAGAGAAGGAUAUCUAUGUACAGAGCUUUUAGUGGUUUACAAAGUAGAUUCAGUUUCAAAGGUUCACCUGGUAAAACUGACAAUGAAGAUGAAGAAGUUAUUUUAGUAAGUUCACUGCAACAAGAAGGGUCACAAGGACACCAUCAAACUAUGUUUCUUAUGUCAUCUGAACAAGGUGGAGAAUAUGAGAUGGUUUUCUUUAGAAGACUUGAUGAUGAAUUCAACAAGGUGAUAGCUUUUUACAAGAAAAAAGUAGAGGAAGUGAAGGAUGAAGCUGAUAAGUUGAGUAAACAAAUGGAUGCGCUUAUUGCUGUAAGAAUUAUGGUUGAUAAACCUUCAAUUGGUAUGCCUAGUGACCAAGUGAUGAUGGAUGAUGAUACUACUUUGUCUCCAGGAUCAGUAGUUCCUACUCAUAUAAGAAGUCCAGGUGGGUCACAUAUGGAGGCAAUUCAAGAAGUUGAGAUGACUGGUGAAGAAAUACUGGAAGAGGAAUCAACAUCAGGGAAUAGAGAUAAAGAAAAGAGGAAUCUCAUGCGUUUUAGGCCUUCUCCCAUAGAGAUUUUGGACAAUGUAAAAAUCAAUAUUGAUCCUGCAACACCUAUCUCGACUUUCAAAAAUGUGAUCAGGACUUCAAAAGCAAACUCAAAAUUCAGCAAAGAUAAGCUCAAAAAAGCUGAAGAGCAAAUGAAAACGGCUUUUGUUGAGUUCUAUAAAAAUCUUAGACUUCUGAAAAGCUACCGUUUAUUAAAUGUGUUGGCGUUCUCUAAGAUCAUGAAGAAGUAUGAUAAGACUACUUCAAGGAAAGCUUCUAAAUCAUACUCAGAUAUGCUUGAUAAAUCUGAUCUUGGUAACUCAGAUGAGGUUAACAAGCUCAUAGAAAGAGUGGAGGUCACAUUCGUAAAACAUUUUGUCAAUGGCAAUCGAAGGAAAGGAAUGAAACAUUUAAGACCACAAGCUAAAAGAGAAACGCACCGAGUAACAUUUUUCAUGGGUUUGUUCUCUGGCUGCUCAAUAGCAUUAGUGGCAGCUAUUGUUGUAGCGAUACGUGCACAGCACCUUCUAGAGCAUAAGGAUCGUGAUAAGUAUAUGAAUAACAUAUUUCCACUCUAUAGCCUAUUUGGAUACAUUGUCCUCCAUAUGCUCAUGUAUGGGGCAAAUGUAUACUACUGGAAGCGUUUUCGGGUCAAUUAUCCCUUCAUAUUUGGCUUCAAGCAGGGAACAGAGUUAGGUUACAAACAAGUUUUCCUCCUUGCUUCUGGUCUUUCAGUUCUUGCAUUGGUUGCUUCACUCUUCCACCUGGAUAUGGAUAUGGACCCUAAAACAGGAAGCUAUGAGACAGUGAAAGAGCUGAUCCCACUUGUGUUGCUGUUUGUUCUUCUUCUAAUAACUUUUUGUCCUCUGAACAUUUUAUAUCGUUCAAGUCGUUUCUUCUUUCUAAGAACUGCCUGGCACUGCCUAUGCGCUCCCCUCUAUAAGGUUACUCUACCAGAUUUCAUCUUGGCAGAUCAACUUACCAGCCAGGUUCAAGCAAUUAGGAGUUUGCAAUUCUAUGUCUGCUACUAUGUAUGGGGCAACUUCAAAACAAGAUCAAACACAUGUCAAGAUAGCGAAGUUUAUAAGAUCUUAUACAUAGUUGUUGCAAUUAUUCCCUUUUGGUCUCGGUUUAUUCAGUGUCUUCGUCGCUUAUUUGAAGAAAAAGAUUCGAUGCAAGGGCUUAAUAGCCUCAAAUAUUUCUCAACAAUUGUUGCUCUUGUGAUGAGGACACUUUAUUCUCAGAAGGGAGGAACCUUUUGGAGAGUAAUGGCAGCAUCAACUUCAGGAGUUACUACAGUUGCAAACACUUAUUGGGACCUUGUCAUAGAUUGGGGUUUAUUGCAAAGGAAUUCCAAAAACCCCUGGUUGAGAGACAAGCUACUUGUGCCACACAAGAUUGUCUACUUUGUUGCCAUUGUUCUUGACAUUAUUCUGAGACUAGUAUGGAUGCAGUUGGUUCUAGAUUUUCAAGAACUACCUCAUCUGCACAAGAACGCUUUUGUUGCAAUUGUUGCCUGUUUGGAAAUCCUUCGCCGAGGCUUGUGGAACUUUUUCAGGUUGGAAAAUGAGCACUUAAAUAACGUUGGGAAAUAUCGUGCCUCCAAGUCCGUACCCCUGCCUUUCAACUACGACGAAGACAAGAGUAUGUAAAAGGAAAAUCACCAGAGUAGUCGAGACUCAAAAAUGAUUUUCUUUUUCCUUGGUUCUUAUUGUUUUGUACUCUUUGAUUCAUGUGUCAACGGUGCUUGUAAUUAAGUUUUGUUCAUGAAAUUAGACAGUGAAUGUAUAGGAUGAAAAGAAAGCUGAUUGAUGUGUAUGGAAUUAUUUUCAUGAAAUAGUGCUUAGGAAAAUGAUUGAUGUAUGAAAUACAGCUAAUAUAUCCAGCUUUCUUCAUCAAAA